AUGAACAUGUCUCUUCUCCGCAUCGCGCUCGGCGUCAACGGAGUGAUGAUGUUUGUGUUUGGCUUCGUUCUCUUCUUCAAUCAUCGCGACAUGUGGAUCAAGGUAGAAGGUCGCAAGGUGGCUGGCAUGAAGACGAAAUUCGACACGAUGAUCUGGCGCAUCGUUGGCCUGUGGGUAGGGUUCGUCGGCCUCAGUUGCUUGUUCGUGGCUGAUGUGCCCGGAGGAUGGUGGAGUGGAACCUGGGGCUUCGAUCCAGCGAGUCUGCAAGUGCUGUGGUCGCCGCUGGCAGGUCUUGUCGCGACGACGCAUGCGAUUGAGACGUGGGUCAAAUAUGAAGCGUUAGGGCCACGCGAGGUCUGGUCGGGAGCGUCGGGCAACAUGGUUCUGUUCGUGCUAUGCCUGCUGGCACUUGUCGUCUAG